AUGGUCAACGAGGGCCCGGAGUCGCGUUUACCCUUCCUCCUCGCACGGGGAGGCGAACGUAUAUCUGCGCGCGUGAGAGGACGAUGGUCUUUGCUAGAGGUGUGUCGUGUCGAUGUUCGGAACGAGUCGGUGGACAAGAAGUGCGACCAGGCUCUCGUGAAUAGUCUUCUCGGCUGGAGAGUGGUGGGGCGGAAACUAUCUGUACGAAGGUCGCUAUGGUUUAAGAACAAGAGGGAGGGGAGAAGCAGAACAAGAAUUAUCCAAGCCGCGUGUGGUAUAGAGCAGACGAAAACACGUCUUGAAAGUUUAGGGAUGAAACAUCUGCUUUCUCCGCUGCCGACGUGGCCGCCGGUGAAGAAGGCAGAUGCCGGGGUUGGAAGUAUUGGUAGUGGUAGCGGGGUAGCAGACGGGGUAUAG